UGGGCGGGCAGAGUUGGAGGUGGUGGCGAUUGCUCUCCCUAGGGGCCGUCAGGAGCUCAGCGGGGACGGAGCCAUCCAGUGCCAGCACCUUUCGGGUUCUGGGACAGCAGCGGCAGCGGCGUUCAGGUUCUAAAUGGCUUCUAAGAAGUUGGGUGGAGAUUUUCAUGGGACUUUCAGUUACUUUGAUGAUGUCCCAUUUAAGAUAGGAGACAAAUUCAAAACACCAGCUAAAGUUGGUCUACCUAUUGGCUUCUCCUUGCCUGAUUGUUUGCAGGUGAUCAGAGAAGUACAGUAUGACUUCUCCUUGGAAAAGAAAACUAUUGAGUGGGCUGAAGAUAUUAAGAAAAUCCAAGAAGCCGAACGCAAGGCUGAGGAAGUAGAAGCUAAAGUGAAUUCUAAGAGUGGCCCAGAGGGUGACAGCAAAAUGAGCUUCUCCAAGACUCACAGUACAGCCACAAUGCCACCUCCUAUUAAUCCCAUCCUUGCCAGCUUACAGCACAACAACAUCCUCGCCCCGACUCGGAUCAGCAGCAGUGCCACGAAACAGAAAGUUUUCAGCCCACCCCACACAAAGGCAGAUUUCAAUCCUGCUGACUUUGAGUGUGAAGAAGAUACAUUUGAUAAUCUGGAGUUAAAAACUACUGAUGAGAAGGAAGAGCUGAGAAACAUUCUGGUAGAAACCACUGGACCCAUUAUGGCUCAGUUAUUAGACAAUAAUUUGCCCAGAGAUGGCUCUAGGUCUGUGUUACAGGAUGAGAAGGUCCUGGCAUCCCUGGAGCAGGCGACCUUGGAUAUCAAGCCUCUUCACAAACCUAAUGGCUUUAUAACCUUACCACAGUUGGGCAACUGUAAAAAGAUGUCUCUGUCUUCUAAAGUGUCCCUCCCCCUUCCUGCAGUAACCAAUAUCAAAUCCCUGUCCUUCCCCAAACUUGACUCUGAUGACAGCAAUCAGAAGACAGCCAAGCUCGCAAGCACUUUCCAUAGCACAUCCUGCCUCUGCAAUGGCACCUUCCAGAAUUCUCUGAAGCCUUCCACCCAAAGCAGUGCCAGUGAGCUCAAUGGGCAUCAUACUCUUGGGCUUUCAGCUUUGAACUUGGACAGUGGCACAGAGGUGCCAACCCUGAAUCCCUCAGAUCUGAUCUCCCAGAUGCCUUCCCUCUUUGUCUUAUCUGUGUGCACAGAAGAAUCAUCACCUCUAAAUACAGGUCCCACGGUCAUAUCUCCUAAUUUCUCAAUGUCACAAGUGCCCAAUGCUCCCAGCUGUCCCCAGGCCUAUUCAGAACUGCAGGCACUGUCCCCCAGUGAGCAGCAGUGUGUGGAAACAGUGGUCAACAUGGGCUACUCAUAUGAGUGUGUCCUGAGAGCCAUGAAGAAGAAAGGAGAGAAUAUUGAGCAGAUUCUCGACUGUCUCUUUGCACAUGGACAGCUUUGUGAGAAGGGCUUCGACCCUCUUUUAGUGGAAGAAGCUCUGGAAAUGCACCAGUGUUCAGAGGAAACGAUGAAGGAGUUUCUUCAGUUAAUGAGCAAAUUAAAGGAAAUGGGCUUUGAACUGAAAGACAUUAAGGAAGUUCUGCUACUACACAACAAUGACCAGGACAAUGCUCUCGAAGACCUUAUGGCUUGGGCAGGAGCCAGCUGAGACCAGGCUCUGCGUAGGCCCUGCCCUGGAACCACCCCUGCAGGAGGCGCUGAGGAGCCCAUGUGGGGAACGAGAGGGGGGCACAUGUCCCGAUUUUCUUUUGGGGGUGGAAGGUCAGGUGUGGAGACUGUGCUUGCCAGUCUCUGAGCUGGGGAGAAAGUAGGAAAGAUUGGGGCAUGUGAAUGCCUCUAGCACUGCCCUGGCUUCUUCCAUGUUAAACGUAUUUGUAUUUUGAGAAGUGUCCUUCCCACCUCGGCCUUCCAGAGAAACCUCCCUGGUCCUUCUGGAGUCUGUACGUCCUUAGCUGAAAUCUGGCCCAGCUGCCAAAAGGAGGCAGGGAGAAGUGGUCGGAGGGCCAGACUCAGUGCUGCUUUAGGGCUAGAUGCUUCCCUCCCCUGCACCGGUGGACUGAACUCUUAAUCCAAGUUGAGUGCAAUUGAAAGGUUCUUCCAGGGUGUUUUUUUUUUUUCUUCUUCUUCUCUUAACAAAGUCUCUUAUUGUUAACACUGGUUCUGCAACGUCUCUGAGGUGCAAAGAAUGCCCUUUCCACGUGGGGCACUGAGUUUGCCUCUUCUGCUAGGCAGGUACCAUGCUUCCCUGCCCCAGCCUGUUUCUUUUGGCUUGGUUUGGACCACAGUCUUCUGCUACCCAGGAUUUUAGAGCCCCCUAAGAAACAGUCAUCAGUUUAAGAAAUCAUUGGCCCCUUCCCAGCACACUGAGUGGAGGAGAAACAGGCUGCAGUAUAGUAGCCCAGCACUAACUCCACCUCGGUUCUCUUUGGAGAAUGGCCUCUUCCCUCCAGCCCCCUGCUCUAGGAUGACACGAGUAACACCUAGUCAUAGAAAUCAGUCUCUUUCGUUUGUUUUAUAUUCUGUUGUACAUCAUUAAAGAUCUAAAUACAAAGGAUAUACAGUCUUGAUGAAUCUAAAGUAAUUUGCUAACUAUUUUGAUUCUUCAGAAAACUAAUAAAAAUCUAAAAGUUAAAAAAAAAAAAAAGAAAUGUGGAGAGUGAAUGAAAGUUGAAAGCAUCAGGAGGAACCCUGGAUGGAAUAUGAGUAAUUAUCAGAGAGACGCAAGAUUUCAGACAUCUGUCCUUCCAUAAUGCCUUUUACUAAAAAUUAUUUUCACUGGGGAGGUAUCAGUGUCCUCAGGAAACGAAGAAGGUAUUAAAAGCAUUACUCCAGGCAUGAGAGGAAGGUGAGUGUGGUUAUGGAAGGGCAACAUGUGGCAAAGAUACUUUUGGUGUUGGAACUGCUCCAGAACCUACCACGAUGAUAAAAUUGUAUAAAACUUAAUACAGAAGCAAAUGAGUACAACUAAAACUGGGGAAAUGUGAGUAGGAUUAGUGGAUCCUAUGACAGUCAGUUUCUAGUUGUGACAUUUACUAUAGUUUUGAGAAAUGUUACCAUUGGGGGGAAAUUAGAUAAAGUGUUCAAGCCACCAUUCCCUAUUCUUUCUUACAAAUGCAUGAGAAUCUAUAGUCAUUUUCUUUAAAAAAAAAAAAGAUUUUAUUUAUUUAUUCAUGAGAAACACA